AUGGCGCCCACGAGCGCGGCCAUUACUGGGCUGCUGCGACAGGUCAUCUACUACCACGUCGACAACAACGCCUACGAUAAUGCUCUCUUCUUCGCCGAGAGGCUGAACGCCCAAGACCCGAAAUCGAGCGAAUCUGCCCACCUUCUGGCACUAUGCCACCUCCGACUCGGCGAUACGAGAACUGCCUUUGAGGUUUGCAGGCAACCUGCAUCCCGCGGAACAAACCUGGGUGUCGCCUGGGUGUUUGCGCAGGCAUGCCUCAAGUUGGAACGGUAUAAGGAGGGUAUCAACUCGCUGGAAAAGGCACGAGAGAAAUGGAUCGGCAAGACGAACCUGGGCAAGCACACCACCUCGGCCCGAUCCCUGUACCCAGACGAGCCCGCAGUGCUGUGUCUUCUUGGGAAGCUGUACCGCGCCUACGACGACAGGAGGAGGGCCGUCGAGUGCUUCGAAAAUGCCGUCAGAGUCAACCCGUUCAUGUGGGAUGCUUUCCAAGCUCUCUGUGACAUGGGCGUCAACGUCCGGGUACCCAAUAUUUUCCAGGUCACCGACCAGUUGACACAUUCUUUCGACCAAGACGCCGGCUCGAUAUCGCAGGAGCCCAAGGACGGUAUGGCGAACUCUUUCGAACCCAAGAGGCCCCAGCCUCGUGCCAUCACGGAUUCAUCCGACCCCUUCAACCUUCACCGAUCCUCCACCUACCAAGACAUGCCCUUCAGCGCCAACGUCUUCUCUGCUGAGGCGGAAGAGAACGACUUCAUGUCGAAAAUCACCGCGGCAAGGUCACGUCUAGGGCCUUCGACCACGUCCAGCGGGGAUGCCGAUCUCAUGGAAACGCCGACCGGCCCUACUUCCAUGCCAGAGGUUCCAACAUUGCGUUCCACUGGUGCCCCCGAACCCCCUCAGGCGCCACCGCGACGGACGCGGACAGCUCACGGUGUCGAGCCUGGUUUUCUGGAAGCACCGCCGAAGAUGAGUUAUAGGUUAGGCGGGAAGAGAGGCACCAGGAGUCAGGACAAGGAGCAAGUCGAGCUACACUCUGAUACCGGCACCGGCGGAGGCAUCUUGCGAACAGCCGCGCCCUCAGAACGCAAAAGAACAGUGUCUGGGCACCCUGUUCAGUCUAGACAGCAUUCCGAAGAAGCCAACGCACCAGCGCAACGGAGGAGCGCCAGGUUAAAUAUGUUCAAUAAGCCUUCGAUCGUCAAGGCGAACUCUGGCGCUGCUACUAUCGGCGCCGCUGCGACCCGCGAAUUGAAGAAGGCUAGACCCCAAAUUUCUCGAAUUAUGCGACCAGGCUCGAGUGGCUCCAGCGUUGGCAGGGUGGUUAGUGGCAACCGUAAGCCCAUCGAAGAUAGCGGCAUGGACGUCGAUCACGCCGAGGCCUCCAGAGUCCGCGAACCUCAUCCCGUCCAGCACGCCGCGCAGAAAGCCAUCUCCACGGAGCCUGACAACGUCAAGAUCGAAGAGAGCCUGAGAUGGAUCAUGGAGUUGCUGAAGAAAUUCGCCUCUGGUUACCACGCGUUGAAGAAGUUCCGUUGUCAGGAGGCUUUGCAAUUCUUCGGUUCCUUGCCCCGCAACCAACAGGAAACCCCUUGGUUACUGGUGCAAAUGGGAAAAGCGCACCAUGAGCAGGGCUCCUACAAGGAGGCCGAGAAAUUCUUUAGGAAACUGCGCGUCGUGUCUCCGACGCGUAUGGAGGACAUGGAAAUCUACUCGACCAUUUUGUGGCACCUCAAGCGCGAGACGGACCUGUCGUUCCUCGCACACGAGUUGAUCGAUGCUGACUGGGAGUCGCCUCAGGCUUGGUGCGCUCUGGGCAACGCCCAUUCCCUUAUGCGAGAUCAUGAGGCGGCCCUGGGAUGCUUCAAGAGGGCCACGCAACUGAAAUCUAGUUUUGCAUACGCAUUUACCCUCCAGGGUCACGAGCACGUCGCCAACGAGGAGUACGAGAAGGCUCUGACCGCCUUCCGUCACGCCGUCGCUGCCGACCGUCGCCACUACAACGCUUACUUCGGUCUCGGUGGCGUGUUCGAAAAGUUAGGCAACUACGAAAAGGCGUACACUCACUUCCACACGGCAUCUGUCAUCAACCCAACGAAUGCGGUUCUUAUCUGCCGCAUAGGCGCCAUCCACGAGAGGCAGAAGCAACUUCUGCCAGCCCUCCAAUACUUCAGUAAGGCGGUUGAAUUGGCACCAAAAGCGGCUAUGGUCCGUUACCGGAAAGCGCGGUGCCUCAUGUCCCUCAGGGAGAUCGAGGCCGCGGAGAAGGAACUGUUGAUCGUGAAGGACAUGGCACCAGACGAGGCCAUGGUGCACUUCCUCCUGGGCAAGUUGUAUCGCAUGGUCGGCGAAAAGCAGAUGGCGGUGCGCGCCUUCAGCAAUGCUCUUGCUCUGGAUCCGAAGGCCAGCCAGUCGAUCAAGGACGCGAUUGAGAGUAUCGAGGAUGAUAUGGGCAUGGAGGACUCCAUGAUGACAUGA